ACGAGGAAGGGAAAGGCGGCCACUCGUGCCUGAGCGGCCGCGGACAGCAGUGGGAACGGUGGGGGAGAGGAAUAGGGAGGGAAAGAAGGCAGGCCGAGAGGAGAAGGAGGACGGCGGCUGGUGGAGGUGGUAGGGAUUGAAGGAGGAGCUGAAGGAGGGCACGGGCAGAGAGGGAGUGAGUGAGAGAAGAGGACGCGCGAGGGAGGGGAGGGAAGGGGGGGGGUCACGCGGGGGCGCGCGCGCGCACCGUGAGCGCGCUCGGAGGCGAGUGGAACUGGAUCGGGUUUGCUGCCAGCGGCGUGAGCUUCGGCCGCCAUUUUACAACAGCUCCACUCGCGCCGGACACAGGGAGCAGCGAGCACGCGUUUCCCGCAGCCCGAUCCCCUCGGACAGGAUUCCUCUGCCUCAGCCCAACGGGGAGGGCUAGUUGCACAUAGUGAUUUAGAUGAAAGAGCUAUCGAAGCUUUAAAAGAGUUCAAUGAAGACGGCGCAUUGGCAGUUCUUCAACAGUUUAAAGACAGUGAUCUCUCUCAUGUUCAGAACAAAAGUGCCUUUUUAUGUGGAGUCAUGAAGACUUACAGACAGAGAGAAAAACAGGGGACCAAAGUAGCGGACUCUAGUAAAGGACCAGAUGAGGCAAAAAUUAAGGCACUCUUGGAAAGAACAGGCUACACACUCGAUGUGACCACUGGACAGAGGAAAUAUGGGGGACCGCCUCCAGAUUCCGUUUAUUCAGGUCAGCAGCCUUCUGUUGGCACUGAGAUAUUUGUGGGAAAGAUCCCAAGAGAUCUAUUUGAGGAUGAGCUUGUUCCAUUAUUUGAGAAAGCUGGACCUAUAUGGGAUCUUCGUCUAAUGAUGGAUCCACUCACGGGUCUCAAUAGAGGUUAUGCGUUCGUCACUUUUUGUACAAAAGAAGCAGCUCAGGAGGCUGUGAAACUGUAUAAUAAUCAUGAAAUUCGUUCUGGAAAACACAUCGGUGUCUGCAUCUCAGUUGCCAACAAUAGGCUUUUUGUGGGCUCUAUUCCUAAGAGUAAAACAAAGGAACAGAUUCUUGAAGAAUUUAGCAAAGUAACAGAGGGUCUCACAGACGUCAUUUUAUACCACCAACCGGAUGACAAGAAGAAAAAUAGAGGCUUUUGCUUUCUUGAAUAUGAAGAUCACAAAACGGCUGCCCAGGCAAGGCGUAGGUUAAUGAGUGGUAAAGUCAAAGUCUGGGGAAAUGUUGGAACUGUUGAAUGGGCCGAUCCUAUAGAAGAUCCUGAUCCUGAAGUUAUGGCAAAGGUAAAAGUGCUGUUUGUACGCAACCUUGCCAAUACUGUAACAGAAGAGAUUUUAGAAAAGGCAUUUAGUCAGUUUGGGAAACUGGAACGAGUGAAGAAACUAAAAGAUUAUGCUUUCAUUCAUUUUGAUGAGCGAGAUGGUGCUGUCAAGGCUAUGGAAGAAAUGAAUGGCAAAGACCUGGAGGGAGAAAAUAUUGAAAUUGUUUUUGCUAAACCACCAGAUCAGAAAAGGAAAGAAAGAAAAGCUCAGAGGCAAGCUGCAAAGAAUCAAAUGUAUGAUGAUUACUACUAUUAUGGUCCACCUCAUAUGCCCCCUCCAACAAGAGGUCGAGGGCGUGGAGGUAGAGGUGGUUAUGGAUAUCCUCCAGAUUAUUAUGGAUAUGAAGAUUAUUAUGAUUAUUAUGGCUAUGAUUACCAUAACUAUCGUGGUGGAUAUGAAGAUCCAUACUAUGGUUAUGAAGAUUUUCAAGUUGGAGCUAGAGGAAGGGGUGGUAGAGGAGCAAGGGGUGCUGCUCCAUCCAGAGGUCGUGGGGCUGCUCCUCCCCGUGGUAGAGCCGGUUAUUCACAGAGAGGAGGUCCUGGAUCAGCAAGAGGCGUUCGUGGUGCGAGAGGAGGUGCCCAACAACAAAGAGGCCGCGGGCAGGGAAAAGGGGUCGAGGCCGGUCCUGACCUGUUACAAUGAAGACUGACUUGCUAUGUGGGAUUACACCAGAAGCUUGCAGUGGAGUAAUGGUAAGGAAAUCAAGCAACCUUAAAUAUCUCGGCUGUAUAGGAGCAUAUUCUAUUGCAGAAGACCUUCCUGUGAAGAUCAUGGAAUCAAAUACGGGACAUUGAACUAAUACUUGGACUUUGAUAUGAAUUUCUUUAACAAUUUUCUCUGCAGUGCAAGUUAUUAAACUAAAGCUACUCUAUUUUCCAAAUGUGUUCCAACAGAAAUCCUUCAUAACUUCUAGCAUGGUAUCUUAAUAAAGAAUAAAGUUCUUCUCUUUAAAAAAUCUGCUCUAAGUAGAUUUUUCCCCUGUUUUUUUAAAUUAAGGAUCCCAGCAGUGGUAUUCUGAAAUAUUCUCUUGAAUUUGUGCAUUUAAAUUUUAUUGCAGUGGUAUAGAUGAAUGCCACUGUUGGUAUCCUUAAAUUUUAUUUCUGCUCACCAAGGUUAAUCAUGAUUGUCUAUAUCUUUUUUAUAGUAAUCACUUUUGAAUUGUGUUCAGAUAUGCAGUUUCAGGUGUAAUCAUCAGAGCUGGUUAGUCAGGCAUUCCAGAUAGUGGUUCUUUUCAGAACCUUUUUUAAAGGGUUGGUUAACUACCUCAGUAGCAGAGGAUUGAACUAUACCCUGUCUGUACUGUACAUAGAAAAUCUUUGUAGAUAAAAGCAAGGCUUGUUAAAUAUGAUAUGAGGGUAAGAUUUUAAUAUACCAAAUGUAACAUUCUUAGUUGCCUUUAGUUUCAGAGGCUUGUAAGACUUCCUCAUGACCAUCAUAACAGGCCUUGCUUUUGUCGUAUUUUGUGGCUGAAAAAGCAGCCUUGCUUCUUCAGAUAUUGUAGUUAUUUGGAUGUAUAAUAGUUUAGCAAGAUGUUACUUUUGUAAGACAUCAGAUGUUCAAAAAAGUGCAUCCGAACUUGUACUAAAUACUGCAGUGUCCCUUUAUAAAAAGUCAGACUAAAACUGACAAUUGUACAGCAAAGCCUGACAUUUGGAUAUUUUGAAGUUUUUUCAUAAAUCAUAGAAACUAGUAUAUGGCUGUAGUUUAGCUUUUUAGGUAAAAGGUAUGUUUCAUUAGUGCAUUUCUUACUGCUGAUCACUGUAAAGAUGUGAAUCAGCUUUCCAUUUCUUACGCAGGUCAUGAUAACUUGUAGAGUAGAGUACAAUCAUUUGUGCUAUGUUUUUAAUUUUCUAAAGCACCUUGAUGACAGUGAGUGUUCAGUGGUGAAGCAUCCUCUAUUGAAUCACCCUCAAAAAAAAUUUUUGCCAAGUCCUAAGUCGAUAGCUUAAAGUCAAAAGUAAAAUUAUAGUUUAAUUAGGACUUGGUGUAAAGAAGUCCCUCUCCCCUUCCCCAAAGGGAUACUGCAGUUAUAUCACAUACCCAAUAGGCACCACGAUGAAGAUCAGAGCUUAUACUUAUUAAGGUUUUAUACACACCAGUUCCCCAGUAAAUGCAAAUUUAACAAAAUUAGACAUGUCAUAUGUUCAAAAUGCUCAUGGCAAACAAUCAUUUUGCAUUCCUGCAAAUAAAAUUGUUUUAUACUGUAAGCUGGAGGCGAGUGUAACUUAUUUUUGUAAUAAAGUUUUUAUUUUUUUUAUGUGUCAUUAAUAUAAAUGUGUGUUAGUAUAGAAACUUCUGGUUUAAAAACUUAGAAUUGCACACAUUUCAGUAUGUUUAUUUGUACUUACAUAAUUUUAGAAUAGUGGUUGCCAAUAGCCUGUACGUUUCACAUUGUGGUUUUUUUUUGGUUUGUUUUUUCUUUUUCUUUUUUUUUUUUUUUUGUUACCUUAAUAAACCAUUUUAGUAUGUUGUAUGUCAGUUACUGGGAUAGCUGGGACAUAGAGUGUAAUUUAAAAUUUGUCAAUAAGUAUUCAUUGGAAUAUAUGUAAAUGUGCCUUGCCGGUUAUUGAAACUUACCUACAAAUGAGUAUGGGGUGACACAAAUUUGUUCCUGGUGCUUAAUGAAACUUUCUGCCACUGAUUUUAUAUAUUACCCCGUGCUUUUUUAAAGUACAUCUCAAAUCUUAGUGUAAGUUUGAGGGCUACACAAAACAUUUACAUUUCAUUCUAACAUAAUGAACAUAAUAGGGUGUGGAAAGUGAGUAAACUAAAUGUAGCCUUCAGUAAAAUUGAAUCUCAGUGUAAUCCUUGGUGCUGGCAUUUCCCAGGUCCAAGGAGUUAAAUAAUCCCAUCUAAAGAGGUCAUUGCCAUGCCUAUUGGCACUUAACUGUCAUACCAUUUUUAAGGGACACUGUCAAGGUUCUUAAAUUAAUUCUCAGAAUUGUAUGUUGGGGUGUUAGGACAGGUUUGUUUGACUUAAUGAAAGAACUGUAUUGUCAGAAGUUGAAAGAUGAACACUUUUGUGAGUUCACAAAUGUGUUCCUCAACAAAACAGUAAGGAGCUCUGAGUUUCCAAGAUUAUUUGCCAUUCUUAGUUUAGGGACUUGGGAGGGAAAAUGAAUCUAAAGAAAUUGUGAAGAAUUGAUGGUUAUACUUAAAGGGUAAUGUAAACAGUGGUGAUGAAAUGUAUACAUGCAAGUGAAAUUACUUGACAGUGUUCAUUUGAAUAACUUUGAAUUCAAGCCAUUAUAAUUACUUUUGAAAUUAAAUAUCAUUUGCACUGUUCUGAUAAUGGGUGCAGUUUUUGAGCAAUAUAUUCAGAGCUAAAUAUGCAUGUAGUGAUUAGUGAUGUGAACAAUUAAGUUCUGAGAAGAAACACUAACUGGUAUUUUCAAACUUAAAUUUCUGUAGUAAAAUCAGUAUCAAACUCUUACAGAGAUCAAGGAAAACAGGCAAUGCAUAUAAACAUAAUUUUGAAUGUUGUGUGGCCUAUUAAGCAAUAAUGCAAUUUAUAUGGAAUGUCAUGGCAUAUGAGAAAUGGAAAUGCAAAAAUAACUAAUUCUUUAGUAAAAAUGUCAACAUGUUAAAAGGGGGAAUGUUAACUAAUGUAGGUUAUUGCUAUUUGUUAUUUGUUUAUGGGUUCUUGGCUUUGACAGCUUCAAAGAAUGGACAGAUGACAAGUUAAAGAAAUUUUGUAUAUAUUGUCAAGGAAAGGGUCUUAAAUCUAAUAGCCAAGUCCCUUCCUUGGGGUGAAAAGUAAUAUCUUUUAAAGUAUUCUAAUUGUUAAAAAGAAAAGUUACCUAAAAAAACAGACGCAAGAUUUUGUUUCUGCAGACUACUUGGCAAUCAAAAGUGAUCAUAAAUUUAGUUCUAUCAGUUUUCAGAAAGUUGCUUUGUGAGAAAAUUGAGUUAAUUUUGUAUUCUCUCAAGCAUGAUUUUUUGUGGAAGAUUUUUGCCAUUGCAGCUGAAUCCCAUGUUAAAAAUGAAGGGAGAAUUGAGCACAAGAGGAGUUUGUACACUCAUGAUGGCAGUUGUUGUAACAUCAUGAGAGACAUCUUAACCAAUUACUGCAAAUCUGACUUAACAGAGCAAACAUUUCUCUCAAAAUAGGAAUGCCAAGUGGAUUGAUGUUGUGAUCUGGGUUUUUUUAGUUGUCUGUAAGAUAUUUGAAAACUUAGAAUAUUACAAUGAACACUAAACAAAAUUUAAACAAAAAAAUGGGCAAAAUUGACAAGUUCAGUACAGCUUUUUUGACUUCCAAGCCAAAAUCAUUGUUGAAUCAGAAACAGCAAAACAUUACCAUAUUACAGAAUAUGGCAUGUAGUCUGUAUUUUGUGGGGAGAAGUAAAAUAUGACUUCAUGCAUUAGGAGAGGGAAUUAAUCCUAGAGUGAACGAUUUGCUCAGGUUCCUAAAACUUCCAUGAAUACUCAGUCAUGACUGUUUUCUCCCCAUUUAUGUAUACCAUAAAUUUUUUUUAACUAUAGGAAUUCAGUGGUGUGUUUAAGAAAGGUUAAUGAAUAAAUAAGUAACAAUACUUCUAAGAAACAAACUUGUGGGAAUGGUCUUUAGUAUUUACUCAGCAAUCAUACCACUCAAUAGGGCAUGCCACUACUUAAGAUGCUACUUGUGAACCAGUGCUCACAUUUUUUAACUGGGCAAAUGAGUAGAUGGACUUUUGAGGUCUGUCACUUUUUAAAAGUUCGUAAGACAUAAACCACAAUCUGCCUUCAGUAAUACACCUAGAAUAUUUUUCAGGACCAGAAGCAUUCGGUUGGAAAAACAACCUUUUUUGCAAAUGCAAAUCAGUAUUACUACUAACACUCUGGGUCAAGAUUAGGUUUUUAAUAUUAACAGUAGUCUGGUAAACAUUUAGAAGUCUGGCAUUGAGAAACAAAAGCUUGUACCUGACUAGUAUUUUAAUUAAAAAAAAAAAAGUCCUGUUUAUUUAAAAUUCUUUUACAUUUAUUUAUCCGUAGAAUUUAUAUUUAUUUCAUUCCUUUCAUCUCACUGAAAACUGUCUGCAGGUUCUUUGAUUUGGAUUAGAUAUGUGAAGUACUGUCUUUCGCCAAAAACCUCAAAUUACCUGUUUUUUUUUUUUUUUUUUUCUUUUCAACGUAGUGGGUUUGUGCUUGUUUGGAGAUCAGUUCAAAAAUUAUCUGUACUAUCUGUACUGCCUCUGAUGUUAAGAUUUUAUGUAUAGCAUAAGGAAGCUAGCUCUGACUAUAUUUUCCUAAGAAUAAAGACCUAUUUUUGUAGCAUGUCUUAGGAUCUCCAGGAGUCCAAGAAUUAUUGUGAGUGUCCUCCAUUUCAUCAUUUUUCACUUAACAGCGUUUAAAUAGAUAACUUGAAAUAUUUAGAGUUCUAUCGCGUUUUCAUCAUGCAUACAUUCAAAAGUAUCUAGUGAUGGUAAAAACAAAUUCCCUAAGACUAUAAGCACACGACUGGGAAAUGAAUAGAAUAAAUUACUGGGCUGGUCUUUACUUGAGAUUUUGAUUUUUGGAAAUACUCUGGUCACACAUGUCCUUGAUUCCAUGAACUUAAUUUAAUCUUACUUCUGGGAACAUGAUUCACUGCAGUAUUCUUCCAUUCUUCUGGUCUCUAUUUCUGGCAAAUAAAAUGUCUUUGAAGAUUUGGAAAUGAGAUUGAAGUUGCAAGUAACUCAGGAGAAGGGAAGAAACACAUGAUACAUUUUAUUAAAAAUGUGCAUUUAGCUAACUGAAUGAGGUGAGGAAGAACUCUGCUUGAGUGUUUUGAGCUAGCUAAAUGGACAAAUGGUGGGGACUUAUAAAUACAUUGGAGGAUUUUGGCUCAAAGCAGUAGUAUUUCUUGGAGGUGGUAGUUAGGUGGAAGGCUUAUGUCACGUCAGGACACAACUUAAAAUUUGUCAUUGCAGAGUUUAGUUUCUACUUAGGAUUUUGAAAUUUGGAUUGAUUAGUGAAUGUUUCAUCAUUUCAAACAGUCACGAAGUCCUAAUGAAACAUUUUGGAAAUUAGUGUCCUAAAUGUUAAAGCUUUCUACGUGAUUUUUUAACACAAGCAAAAACUUUGAUUAAAAUAAGGUCAUUGUAGGAUAACUAAGCUUCAUUAAUUUUUUUAAACUGUUCCUAGUUUAAAGCAAAUUCUAAUCUGAGGAAAAUUACAGUGGCUGUAUCUGUAAUGUUCAUGAAUUGUCGUUUCUUGCCUUUCUUUGGCUUUUAGCCAUAUUCUGAAAAAAUGUAUUGUGACUGAAUUUCAACUUGGGAGAUAAUAUAGGAUACUGAAGGGCACUAAUAUCUGUCUCUGAACCCAGAGCCAGAUUUUGCUUUUUCAGAGCAAAAAGUAAAAGGAUUUGGUGUGGAGAAGAGAUUAUUACAGAGUGAAAAAUAAAAAAGGCUGUGACAGUAAUAUGAAAUUGGUAGAAAACUUUUAUAGAUUCUACUAGAUAAAACCAAGUCUACAAGAAUAGCAUCCAUGUCAUACCAGAGUAAUACCAACAUUACGUCCUAUGGCUGGCUCAUUUAAUGGUGUUAAUUUUAAAUGAGAUGAAGUUUGAAUAACCAUGGGAUUUAUGUGACACAAGUACUGCAUCAUUUGAGUACAAAAUUGUGGAAGCUAGGUACAUGUAAAUAUAUCAAGUCUUCACUUUUAGGAAAAUACCAGUAUUUGUAUUGGUUGCUUUAAUUUGAAGACUCAGGAAUUAGACCUAAAAUUGUUAGCAUGUUUAGGGAGAAUAAGCUUAUAUACAAGUUGUGUUUCUCAUUUAACAUUUGAAUGUGCCUUGAAGGAAGCAAUCUAUAAAAAUUGGGAAACU